GAUUAUAUUAUAUAAAAUGUUUAAACCAAAGAAGGUAUAAUAACAACAAUAAUAAUAACCAUUUUAUUUGAGUUGGUUUGCAAAUUAAGGGUAUUACAUAAGAUGUACAUUAGUUUAGGGAAAAUUUAAAGAGAGGAGGAACAGCUCCAUAACAGUCUCGUAAAGAACGAUUAUAACUAAAAAGUCCAUAUUAAUAACCAUUGACAACUGUUAUUCAUAUGGCACCUAAUCCUUACAAUAGAAUUAUGUAAUUAUUGCUCAAAUUUUAGGCAAGCACCAAAAACAAAUAGUAACAUUCAAUAAAUCUCUAAGAUAUAUGCACAACAAUCUCAAUUAUCUAAAAGAAAAAGUUAAGAGUAUGAAAGAUAACAGUAUGAUUUGAAAUCAUAAUCUUAAUAAUCUCGAGCCUUUACAUAACAGGGAAUAAGACCCUUAAGAUUAAAUGAUGCUCGACCUUAAACUCAAUAAAAUUUAAUUGAAAACAAAUUAUGUUAUGAUAAUUUAGGAAGUGAUGAGGAAUAAUUAGAUUAACUGACUCCAAGAGAUGAUACUGAAGAUGUUGAAAUAGAUAAUUAGGGAGGGAACUAGUAAAUUAAUGAUUGUUUCUCAAAUGAAUCUAAUGAAGCAGAUAGUGAAGAUCAUUAAAAUUUAUAAUUGCCAAUUUAAAAUGAUGAAUAAAUGUAUCAAAAGGAUUUUAUUAGAUUAGUUAAAAUAAAUCUUGUGUUAGGGAAGAACCAAUUACAAGUUUAAGGAAAACAAAUAAUUAAAUUAAUAGGCCUUAGACUUCAGAAGGUGGGAGAAGAAAGAGAUUUAUGAAUUCCUUAAAUUAAACUUAACAGAAUUAUGAAAAGAAAAAAGAGACAGAACAAGAAUUGUUGGAAUACGAAGCAAAUAUAAUUUUAGAAGAAUAAGAAAAUUAAGAUAUUUUUGAUAUCAAUUUUAAAGCAUCUCCUAAGAAGGUAAUCAAGACUAUAAAAAUAGGAAUUAAUUUCUAUUCGAUCAGGAUAUAGGAAAAAAUAAAAUGAUUUAAAUGAAUUAAUUGAAACUAAUAAUGAAGAACGACCUCCAUCAAGGCAUAAAACUCCUCCAAAAGCAACUGGAUUAGAAUUGCCAUUAGAAAAUGGUGUUACUAAUGUUUAAAGAGAUAGUGUUGAUAUCCCUAUAAAAAAUAUGUAUGCUCAAAUUAAUGAUGAAAGUAAUAUAAUCUUAUUGAAUUAUAGAAAUUGAAGAAGAAAAUGAUGGUGAAUUUGAUUUAGAUAUUUUUAAAAUGAAUAAUAAGAUGAAUUUUAAAAAGUUUCACUAAAAAGAAAUUUAAGGAUAUCAUACAGAUGAUGGAGAUAAGCAUAAUUAGUAAAGACACCCUAAAUCUGCAAAUGUUAAACAUAAUUAAUUGUGGUCCCCUCUUAAUUCUCAAAUUACUUCUGCACAUUUAAGAAAUGAAGCAUAAAUAGUUAUAAAAUAUAAUAAUAGUUCUGCUAUUUAAAGAAGCGAUGAACCAAUUAAAGUUCCAUUUUAAACUUCAUUAGGAUAAGAUUUUUUAAGAUUGUUUGCUAACCAUUGUACGGAAUGAAA